AUGCUGAGACUAGCCAGCACGGCGUCAAAGCCGUCGAGCGCGGGCCGCCUCGCCCGCGUCGUUUGCUCAAACUGCACGACAAGUCCCAAAAGGACAUUUGCAUCUACUUCGGCACGUGCUGCGGAUAUCACGCUCACUGUGGACGGGAAGGAGGUUACCGUACCAGCCGGCUCGGCACUCAUUCAGGCUUGCGAGGCCGCCGGCGCAACAAUACCUCGCUUCUGCUACCAUGACAGGCUAGCCAUCGCUGGUAACUGUCGUAUGUGCUUGGUCGAGGUCGAGAGGUCACCAAAGCCCGUUGCAUCUUGCGCUAUGCCAGCCAUGCCGGGCGCCAAAGUCUUCACCAACACUCCCUUAGUACACGAAGCGCGUGAGGGUGUCAUGGAGUUCUUGCUCGCAAACCAUCCGUUGGACUGCCCCAUUUGCGACCAGGGUGGCGAGUGUGACUUGCAGGACCAGUCCAUGCGCUACGGUUCCGACCGCUCUCGUUUCCACGAAAUCACCGGCAAGCGCGCUGUCGAGAACAAGGAGCUUGGCCCGCUUGUCAAGACGAGCAUGAACCGUUGCAUUCAGUGCACGCGCUGUGUCCGUUUUGCAAACGAGGUCGCCGGCGUCGAGGACCUCGGUACCACCGGUCGUGGUAACGACAUGCAAAUCGGCAUGUACGUCGAGAAGAUGAUGGACUCGGAGCUUUCUGGCAACAUCGUCGACUUGUGUCCUGUCGGUGCGCUCACGAGCAAGCCCUACGCAUUCCACGCUCGCCCGUGGGAGCUCAAGAAUACCGAGUCUGUCGACGUUCUUGACGCAGUUGGCUCCAACAUUCGCAUCGACAGCCGCGGUGUUCAAGUCAUGCGUGUCCAGCCCAGGACAAAUGACGACGUGAACGAAGAGUGGAUCUCGGACAAGACCCGCUACGCAUUCGACGGCCUCCGCUUCCAGCGCUUGACAACGCCUCUCGUCAAGCAGGGAGACCGCUUCGUACCCGCUUCGUGGGAGGACGCACUCUCCGCCAUUGCUCAGGGUCUCAAGACCUCCGGCGCAACAGGCGAUGAGAUCCAGGCUGUAGCCGGUCACCUCGCCGACACCGAGUCGCUCGUCGUGCUUAAGGAUCUCGUCAACCGCCUCGGCUCGGACAACACUGCGCUCGACCACAACGGUGGCUACGCGCCUCCGGUCGCCGGCAUCGACGUCCGCUCCAACUUCCUCUUCAACACGACUAUCCCCGCUGUUGAGGAAGCUGAUGCCAUCCUCAUUGUUGGUUCCAACCCCCGUCACGAGGCGGCCGUCCUCAACAGCCGCAUCCGCAAGAGCUGGUUGCACACCGGUCUUGAGGUCGGUCUUAUCGGCGAGCGCGCGGAUCUCGCGUACGGCCACGACUACCUCGGCGCAGACGCCAAGGCGCUUGCGGACUUCAUCGCUGGCAAGGGCGAGUUCGCGAAGAAGUUCCAGGCCGCAAAGAAGCCGCUCAUCAUCGUCGGUUCGGCUGUCUCUGAGCACGUCGACGGCCCCGCGAUGUACAACGCAUUGUCUAAGUUCGUCGAGAAGAACAAGGACAAGCUCGUCACUCCCGAGUGGAAUGGUUUCUCCGUCUUGCAACGCGCUGCUUCUCGCGCGGCUGCAUACGAGAUCGGCUUUGUACCCACCAAGAAGGCGGCCGCGGCCAAGCCCAAGUUCAUCUACCUCUUGAACGCCGACGAGGUCGACCCCGCCAGCAUCCCCAAGGACGCUUUCGUCGUGUACCAGGGCCACCACGGUGACCUCGGUGCACAGCUCGCUGAUGUCUGCCUCCCUGGCGCAGCAUACACUGAGAAGAGCUCGACAUGGGUCAACACCGAGGGUCGCGCCCAGCUUGGUCGCGCUGCUGUUCCUCCCCCUGGCGCCAGCCGCGAGGACUGGAAGAUUCUCCGCGCAUUGAGCGAGGUUCUCGGCUCGCCAGUGCCUUACGACGAUGUCCUGGCUGUACGCGACAGGAUGUGGGAGAUCUCGCCUUCGCUCGUCCGGUACGACAUCACCGAGCGCACGAGCCCUACACUCGCGCUCGUCGGUCUCGCGAAUAUCGCGCGCGCUACGGGUGGAUCAAGCGUCAGCGGCAAGCCGUUCACUAAGGCCAUCGAGAACUUCUACCAGACCGACCCGAUCUCGCGCGCGAGUGUGACGAUGGCGCAGUGCACGAGGGCGUUCGUGUUGAAGGAGGACUAUGAUGAGAGGGGACAGGCUAGUGAGGCUGCGUUUGCGUAG